AUGGAUGUCUAUCGCGAACUUCGUGUUAUUGGCGAUUGCAGCAUGAAUCAACCUCAACUUUCUUUUAUGUACAAGGAUUCUUGGGACAAUCAACCAGAAUAUGUCCGUAAUGCAUAUCAUCAUAUUGCAGCAUCCGCAGGAAUUCUUUACAAAAGAAUGAUUCAGAAACGCAGACAGCAAAGACAAAAAGUCUUGAUUUUAAAGGUCAAUUUGAAAAUCUUUCUUAGCAAAUAUGAUGAAAAUCGAAAUUCAACUAUUGAAGAAUCAUCAAAUUUAACUAUUUUUGGACAACCUGAAAUUAGUUCGAAUAAAACUCUUCACGCUGAUUUACAAGAAUCAUGUUUAGAAGGAGACCAAUCUACAUAUUUUGAUUCUUCUUCCGGCGACAUUAAUUUUGUUUUGAUGAGUUCGGAAAAUUACAUGCAAUCGUCAAGUUUCGAAUCUUUCGAUAACAGAAACUAUGAAUUUCAUUUUGAUAACCCUUUUUCUUCAACUUCUAAUAAUUUGGCUAAACCGCAACAACCAGAUCAAUGA